AUGAGACAAGCCCGGCUGUCCGGCGCGGAGGCUAUGAGACAAGCCCGGCUGUCCGGCGCGGAGGCUAUGAGACAAGCCCGGCUGUCCGGCGCGGAGGCUAUCAGACAAGCUCUGCUGUCCGGCGCGGAGGCUAUGAGACAAGCCAGGCUGUCCGGCGCGGAGGCUAUGAGACAAGCCCGGCUGUCCGGCGCGGAGGCUAUGAGACAAGCCCGGCUGUCCGGCGCGGAGGCUAUGAGACAAGCUCGGCUGUCCGGCGCGGAGGCUAUGAGACAAGCCCGGCUGUCCGGCGCGGAGGCUAUGAGACAAGCUCGGCUGUCCGGCGCGGAGGCUAUGAGACAAGCCCGGCUGUCCGGCGCGGAGGCUAUGAGACAAGCCCGGCUGUCCGGCACGGUGGCUAUGAGACAAGCCCGGCUGUCCGGCGCGGAGGCUAUGAGACAAGCCCGGCUGUCCGGCACGGUGGCUAUGAGACAAGCCCGGCUGUCCGGCACGGAGGCUAUGAGACAAGCCCGGCUGUCCGGCGCGGAGGCUAUGAGACAAGCCCGGCUGCCUGGCGCGGAGGCUAUGAGACAAGCCCGGCUGUCCGGCGCGGAGGCUAUGAGACAAGCCCGGCUGUCCGGCGCGGAGGCUAUGAGACAAGCCCGGCUGUCCGGCGCGGAGGCUAUGAGACAAGCUCGGCUGUCCGGCGCGGAGGCUAUGAGACAAGCCCGGCUGUCCGGCGCGGAGGCUAUGAGACAAGCUCGGCUGUCCGGCGCGGAGGCUAUGAGACAAGCCCGGCUGUCCGGCGCGGAGGCUAUGAGACAAGCCCGGCUGUCCGGCACGGUGGCUAUGAGACAAGCCCGGCUGUCCGGCACGGAGGCUAUGAGACAAGCCCGGCUGUCCGGCGCGGAGGCUAUGAGACAAGCCCGGCUGUCCGGCGCGGAGGCUAUGAGACAAGCCCGGCUGUCCGGCGCGGAGGCUAUGAGACAAGCCCGGCUGUCCGGCGCGGAGGCUAUGAGACAAGCUCGGCUGUCCGGUGCGGAGGCUAUGAGACAAGCCCGGCUGUCCGGCGCGGAGGCUAUGAGACAAGCCCGGCUGUCCGGCACGGUGGCUAUGAGACAAGCCCGGCUGUCCGGCACGGAGGCUAUGAGACAAGCCCGGCUGUCCGGCGCGGAGGCUAUGAGACAAGCCCGGCUGCCUGGCGCGGAGGCUAUGAGACAAGCCCGGCUGUCCGGCGCGGAGGCUAUGAGACAAGCCCGGCUGUCCGGCGCGGAGGCUAUGAGACAAGCUCGGCUGUCCGGCGCGGAGGCUAUGAGACAAGCUCGGCUGUCCGGCACGGUGGCUAUGAGACAAGCCCGGCUGUCCGGCACGGAGGCUAUGAGACAAGCCCGGCUGUCCGGCGCGGAGGCUAUGAGACAAGCCCGGCUGCCUGGCGCGGAGGCUAUGAGACAAGCUCGGCUGUCCGGCGCGGAGGCUAUGAGACAAGCCCGGCUGUCCGGCGCGGAGGCUAUGAGACAAGCCCGGCUGUCCGGCGCGGAGGCUAUGAGACAAGCCCGGCUGUCCGGCGCGGUGGCUAUGAGACAAGCCCGGCAAAUUUGA